AAAUGACGCCAUCAUGCAAACGUCCUAUUCAAGGUGGCCACCAUAUCGCUAAAAACGUCUGUUUUUCCGAAUGCUUUUUUKGGGGGGUGGGGGAUCGGAGAACCCGGUUAAUAAAAGAAUCAACAUUUAAGUCAAAAUUCAGUCAGGUGUGCGUGAUGGCGGUUUAAGAGAGAACCUCACACUUGGUAAUACAUAGGUCACACCCCAUACUUGAUUCUCGCUGAUCGUCAUAAAUGUAUAUAUAAGUAAAUCCCUGCAUUAUCGUGCUAAUUGCUAUUUUCUAUUUACCAAGUUAUGCUUGUAUAUAAGUAUGGUGGUAGAGGUAAAAGAACAAUGAAACCGCAAUGUUGUUUAACAAAUCACAUUGAAUCCUAAUUCUAUUCAAUAUCUUAAUGUGGUGUGAACAGUCGAGAACCAUAAGGAAUUCUAAGUUCCAAUAUUCCCAUUUAGGUUCACCUUUGCUCAGUCUUAGCAUCGACUGUGUGAAAUGUGUUUUUUUCUUUUAUUAACUUUAUUUAACUUUCAUUUAACUUUAGAUGUCCAGAAAGGUAGACCAGUUAGUAGUCUUUUUAUUUUAUCUGAAUGCUUGCAAUUUUCACCGAAUUUUCACCAAAUUGACGUCACCAGCGUGCUCCAUACGAGUGGUCCAUACAUUUUUUCUUCAUAGGUGGUGAACCAAUCAGAGCACGCGUUAUAUCUUAAUUAUGUUAAACGUACAACUGAGGCUAAGGUUGAGCAAAGAGAACUCAAAACUGGAGUAUUCGCUCUCUGAGUUGGUCGUAGUUACGUUAGGAUAAGAUUUGAGGUAGAAUCGCUGGCUUGCUUUGUAAGUAAGUAUAACACGUUGACUAGUACGUUUUGUUUCACGGGUUAAACGCCUUCACUCUAAUAGCCUACACAAUCGACAGGAAACCGCGUCUGCAGUUUAUAACUGAGUAAAGAUGACGGGAACCACCGAUUCAAACCUCAACACCCCUAAUGAAGAUAAGAGAGAGGAAGAAUAUCUGACGGAUUUUGAAGUCGAAGUCGAUGAAGUUCCUCCAAGAGAGGCUUGGAAUAAUAAAAUCGAUUUCAUCCUCGCUACGCUUGGGUACAUAGUGGGUUAUGGAAAUUUUUGGCGUUUUCCUUAUCUGUGCUACCGAAAUGGAGGAGCCUCGUUUCUUUUCCCGUACAUUUUGAUGCUGUUUCUUAUCGGUAUUCCUUUGUUCUUCAUGGAGCUUGCUAUUGGUCAGUGGUACAAUCGUGGUUUCAUUAGCUUGUGGAAAGCUGUGUGUCCUCUCUCAAGAGGCCUUGGAUACGCAACAAUAGUAAUGCAGUUUUUAAGUAGUCUGUAUUAUAUAGUUAUCCUCGCCUGGGUUCUGUUCUAUUUUUUUGAUAGUUUUCGUUCUGAGGUACCUUGGAGCGGCUGUGGUAACGACUGGAACACACCUUUCUGCAGAGUUGAACGAACAUCCAACCAAGUGGUCAACUGCUCAGCUUUCAAUCUUCCCGUCAACUGUACUCAGGAGUUCACAUCGCCAAGUUCUGAAUACUGGAACCGCCGAGUGCUUCAGAUAACCGACUCGAUUGAAGUAGCCGGCUCCAUGAGGUGGGAACUGGUCGGUACGUUGAUCCUCUCCUGGGUUCUUGUUUACUUUUGUAUAUUCAAAAGCAUCAAACUCACUGGAAAGGUGGUUUAUUUUACUGCUACAUUUCCUCUCAUCAUGAUCGUUGUCAUGGUGAUUCGAGGUGUAACCCUUGAUGGAGCUGGUUAUGGUCUUAGGUUUUACCUGAAACCUGACUUCAGGCGACUUGCUGAUCCUCAGGUUUGGGUUUACGCAUCAACUCAAAUUUUCUGGUCUCUCGGGAUUGGUUUUGGUGGAGUCAUUACUUUCGGAAGUUUUAACACGUUUAGGAAUAAUGUUCACAGUGAUAGUUUGAUCGUUUCCUUGUCAAACAGUGGAACAAGUUUUCUCGCCGGGUUUGCUGUUUUUGGUAUUCUUGGCUUCAUGGCUCAUGUUCUGCAUACGACUGUAGGAAAUGUAGUAGAAUCAGGGCCUGGUCUAGUCUUCAUCGUUUAUCCAGAAGCCAUUUCCCAGUUGCCAUUGUCUGUGUUCUGGGCUCUGUUGUUCUUCUUCAUGCUUGUCACUUUGGGCAUCGACACCAUGUUUGGUGCAAUAGAAGCCUUUGUCACAGGAAUAAUCGAUGAAAAUCCAGGUUACCUUCGCAGACGAAAAUGGAUCGUCGUUUUGAUCACAAGUAUCGCCAUGUUUAUUGCUGGACUUCCUUGUGUUCUUCAGGGUGGUAUGUAUGUUUUCAAUCUCUUCGAUUACCAGGCUGCUGGCAUAUCCCUCCUGUUUUGUGUGUUGUUAGAAAACAUCUUCAUUGCCUGGAUCUACGGUAUUGAUAGGUUCAGCAAUGACGUGGAAAUCAUGACAGGGAGAAAGCCAUAUCUGUUUAUUCGAAUUUCACUCRAGUACAUCUCGCCUGUUGUCAGCGCGGCUAUCCUUUUGGCUAACUUCAUCCAAUGGAAUGGAAUCAAAUACGAUGGCGUACCCUAUCCUGGCUGGGCUGAGUGGAUUGGCUGGCUCAUGUGUCUUUUACCCAUCUUCAUCUUCUUCAUCGGGGCCUUUUACCAGCUGUGGAAAACACCAGGAUCACUUAGGGAGCGUUGGCGAAUUGUCACAACACCAGACGAGCACGUUUUGGCAGAGAUUGAAAAGCAGCAAGGAGUCAUCCUCACCAGAAACCCUAUCUACUUAUAGGAUACUCCAUUCGUCAACAUUUCACGAGCUUCCCGACCGGAAAUCAAGAUUUUACAUUUAAUGUGUCAUAGUUUACACGUAAUUUGACCACAAUCAAAUUAGGUCAAUAAAUAUAACUGAUUAAAUUCGUUAAAAACCAAAGAUUUAAGUUCCCAGGAAGACAUCAUCCACCCAAUAGCUUUGACAUUCAUUUUGCACAUGCUCGGACAAAUGCCGGAGCCCUUGAGUUCAGAGUACAGAAGUUUAAAAUAAAACUCAUGAGCGCCUAAAAAA